AGUCAUUGUCACACAAAAUGCUUUCAAAAGACUAUGAAUGAGAACGGAAUCACUGUAUUUGCUGUAUUCCUUCACAUGCAUUAUUUAGGACGAAGAAUCAAAAUAAGACAUUUCAGAGGCACUCGAGAGCUUCCAUGGCUUGACUUUGACCACAAUUAUGACUUCAAUUUACAACCGUUUCGCACAUUGAGUCCAACCGUUCAAAUCAAAUCCGGGGAUCAGUUGACCGUUGAAUGCGAUUACGACUCAAGUCAUAGGAAUACAACUACUUUUGGAGGUUUGCGUACGAGUGAUGAGAUGUGUUUGGCUUUCCUCUACUAUUACCCGAAAUUAAGUCAAACUAAUGUCUGCGUGAGUGGACUCACCCAUCAGUCCAUACAAAGAUUGGCAGACAUUGACGAAGACAUUGAGUUUGGAAGCGAUUCAGAGCUCAUUGAUUAUAUCAGGGCUAAAUCAGGCUGGAAUGAGACAGUGAUUACCAAAACAAAUGAACUCAUCUUAAAGUCUAAGCAAAAGCUCGAGUGUUUUAUCUUCCGUACGGGCCUUGACUUAGAGUUUAAUGAACUCAUCGGUUAUCCAAAUGUGAAGCAAGUCUACAAACCCGUCAAAUAUGACUGCAAAGCCAGU